AUGCAUACCGAUUAUCAAUCACUGACAAACUCUCUAAAUGAUCUUGAUAGAGUAAGUGAACAACAACAACAUACAUCGCGUUCUUCAUACCAAUUAUAUCGUUAUACACAUGAACCAGUAUCAUCAAAUUUCGCUCGUCGUGACAUUCCACCAAUUCUAAUUUUAAUAUUUUUUCUUUUUCUAAUUGUAAUUAUAAUAUCACAAAUUCUGGUUGUUCAUACGUCACGUUACGGAAAUAAUUUUUCUACAAUGCAAAAACUACAAGAAGAACUUAAAAAAAUGGAUGAAAGUAUGGAAACAAUGCUACAUGAUAAUGUUUUACCAAUAAAUAAAUGGCGUCUUUUAUUUCAUAUUCAAACACAUCUCUAUCGUUUUGAAUAUUUAUUUGAUCUAUUUAAUAAUCAAAGUCAUUCAACAAUAGAACAUUUACAUCAAACAAAGAUGCAUUUUCAUGUAACAAAUAAUAUCAAUGAAUCUAAUGAAAUAUUAAAACAAGAAAAUUAUACUUCGCAUUCAAUCAAGAAUAUAAAACACACACAAAAUGGAUAUGAACAACUGACUGAUGAUAACAAUAAUUAUUCAUCUCGAUGGAAACGAAAAAAACAAAACUAUGAUGAUAACAAUAAUCAUAAAAGAAGAAAUCAUUGUAAUGAACAACCUAGUCAAUUAAAAGGUCGAAUUCUUGAUGAAAACUCCACAUUUCCGAAUAUUUCUCUCUAUGAAAUGGAAAUGAACUAUUCUAAUAUUAGAUUUGGUGGUCAAUGGUCACCAUCGAAUUGUCUAGCUCGUCAUAAGGUUGCAAUCAUCAUUCCAUAUAGAGAUCGAUUAGAACAUUUAAUAACAUUACUUUAUUAUUUACAUCCAAUAUUACAACGGCAAGAACUUGAUUAUAAAAUUUAUGUGUCUGAACAAAUUGGAAAUGGAACAUACAAUAAAGGUAUUUUAAUGAACGCUGCUUUUAUAUAUGCAUCGAAUGAAUAUGACUUUCAAUGUUUCGUCUUUCAUGAUGUUGAUUUAAUACCAGAGGAUGAUAGAAAUAUGUACUCGUGUCCGGUUUUCCCAAGACAUAUGUCUGCUGCUGUGAAUGAAAUGAAUUAUAAAUUGAGUUAUGAAGAACUUAUUGGUGGUGUAUUGAAUAUACGUACGGAACAUUUUUUAACAGUCAAUGGUUAUAGUAAUCUUUAUUGGGGUUGGGGAGCUGAAGAUGAUGAUUUGUAUUAUAGAUUGAAAGAAGUUUCUUUGAAAGUACUUCGUCCACCAUCAUCUAUAGCUCGAUAUAAAAUGCUUCAACAUAAAAAACGUACACCAUCUAUAUGGAAUAAACGAGCUAAAUUACUUUAUUCAGCAGCUAAACGUUAUACAUGGGAUGGUGUAUCAUCAGCUCGAUAUAAUUUAACUUCUAUUACGGCCUAUCCAUUAUUUACACAUAUUUAUGUCGAUGUCGGUUCGCCGCCACCUGGUUUUAGUUAG